UCCUAUCUUGUUCACGAGCCGGUAAGGUUAUGACAAUUUUGACGGGAUGAAUUUUUUAGUGUUUUUAUCAGUUUUUAACACCCUCUUUUAAUUAUUAGUUUUAACAGUAUCAAACUUAAAUUGUGUAGGAAGUUCUUUAGGUGUGCAAUAAGAAAAUUCCAAGUUAAAAUGAGUGACAGAUUAAAGUUAACAAAAGAUAAACACCACAAAAGUACCAGUAGCUUAGCUGGUGUACUAUUGGAUGGAACUCUUUCAGAAAGAAAGUUACUUGUUAAAGCAACAAAUCAUGAAGAUAAAUUUCAAUUUGCGGAAACCCGAUGCACAGAAUUACAAGAAAAGCUCUCAGAUUUAAUUAAUAAUUCGAAAAGACGUAAAAACCUGAAAAAAAGGAGUGCAACUGGACUCAACACUAUAGGAAAGAUGUCGGAGUUCAACUCAGAUUAUGUAACUAUAAGAAAAAAAAAUCCUAAAAGACAGUGUAAGGAAGAAACGUUUUGCGAAUGGGACAACGAAUUUGCACAAACUGGCAAUAACGCUGGAACUGGAAUGAACUCCAUGGGAAAGGUGUCGGAGGGCACUGCAGAUUAUGUAACAAUAAAGAAAAAAACUCCAAAAAGACAAAGUAAGGAAGAAACUACCUAUUGUGAGUGGGACAAUGAAUUUGUUCAAACGGGCAAUAACAUGCCACCACUACACGAAGCAAAUGGCGUUAGAGGCGACGGAGAAAACCAUGCAUCUAAAUCAUCGCGUCAUAGCGUGACUUAUAAGACAAGAAGACGUUCUAAUGAUGGGAUUGAAAAUCCGAAACGACCUGUAGUGGAAUUGUUCAAUAUGAAUCGCAGCGAGUCUUCCGGGGACUCUUGGCAGGAAAAUUAUGCUGCAUCUCAAAGAAAACAUGGUCCCGGUGCUUACGCUGUCGUGCGGGGCACUGCACCCGCUCCUGUGGCUGAAAGUCUUACUGAAAGUGGAGACGAGUCAACUAAAAGGAGCAAAAAAAUAAGGAAAGUGAUGAAGUUUAUGGUGCGGCGGCGCUACGAGUUGCCGACGGUGGCGUCUCGGUCGAAGCAAAGGAGCACUAAGGCAUACGAACCCAGCACAAAUAAAGCGCACAUACCUUUCGUGUCAUCCAAGUCGGCAACGCCAUCGCAUAAUGUGGGCUUGAAUAUUCAACAGGUCCUGCAUGGCUUAAAAGUUAACCAACCAAUAUCAGAAAUACCAUCUACAAUGGCUCAUCAUAUGGGCCUUCGUCACUGCACCAGCGACGCGGGUGUUAAGGAUGAGGUCCAGGUAAAAGAGUUAAAUGUGCUGAAGCUCGGGAAAGUGACCGUGACGCUGCCAAAAUACAAAUCAAUGUCAUUCGAUCAGCUGCUGAGACUGUAUGAAUCUAACAACGUCAUCGUUGGGAAGUUUCUGAAGACCGCCAGUUGCCGAAAACGUAGGCCCUCGUUGAAGAGGAUUAACCCGUCUAAAGCUCUUACUUUCAAAUGCCACACGGAGGACAGCGACGAUCUUAUUGACCAGCAAUCCUUCAGUAGCAAGCCGCCGCGCUGACAUUAUUCUCUUUGAUUUCUAUUGAAAAUUAACAGUUUUAUUUUGCAUAAAUAAAAAUAAAAGAAUAUUAAGAAGAAAUGAUGACAAUUUACACGCUGAUUUUAAUCAAUACAACACCUUUUGGUUAUAAGAAAAAAAAAGUAAAUUUGCAAAUAAAUAACCUUAAUCCAGA